AUGAUAAAAAAGCGAGACAAGGAAAAACCCACUUUUGAAUGUAUCGAAAUGGACGACAUAAAGAGGCUAAAUCAAACAGAAGAAAAGGAAAAUUCCGAAGAUGAUAAAAUAAGCCUUGACGAUCUAAGUGUAUGCUCUCCAAGUAAGUUACACAGAAAAUUCCCCUUAACAGACGACGAGGAGGAAGAGCAGGAAAAACUGAUCCACUCCAAGCUGUACGAAAGUAUGAAUAACGUAAAUAGUACCUCCCCGAAGAGAGACACGCAUUGGUUCGAUCGCGUCGACAACAAUGACGACGACGACGAUGAUGAUAUUGAUGAGAAGAGAAUGUCUGCCCAUUUUGUGGAUGCGUUUCCAAAUUCGCUCUUAAUUUCGGGUGAUCGACAGGCAGCACCAGAACACUUUCAGGAUGAUGAAAGCCACAACAACAGGGGGGACGACACCCCCAGGAACAGUAACUACAAUAACAAUCCGACAGGCAACCUCCGUGGUAACCCUGUAAACAACGUUCAUGGCAACCUACAACCUAAUGAUAAUGACAGGAAAGAACAGCCGCCUCCGUCAAAUUACCUGAACUGUUCAGGCAAAAGUGAAAAAAAUGAAAAUCCAUGGGAUUAUACAUACAAGAACGGGGAGAAUCCUCUUUGCCAUGAAAAGGGGAAGGAUAAGCCCUCCGAAAUUACAGUAGGGGGACAUACACAGAGGGAUAAAAAUACAAGAAAGAACGAACUGGAAAAAUGGAGAAAAUAUGCAUCCUCUGAUGAGGAAAGAGAAAAAACGCAAACUGGGCAGAAAUCUCACAAUGUGACAAACGAACGUUUAGAAAAAAUCGGGGGAGGAGACAUGAAGGAGAGAGUGUACCAUUCGAAUGGUCACAGUGAUGACAGCGAUAGCCAUAUGGGCGUUCCCAUAUCUGCCAUGCCACGCACUCCCUUGAAAGAAGAAGUGGCAGAUAGGAUUAACCCUCAACACAGCGAGGACAAUAAUUAUGCGAAAUGGGAAAAGAGAACGAGUCGUCAAUCGGGGGGAAGCCCCACUGUGAAGACAAACAAACAAUACGGUGAAGGGGGGUUAUUUUAUGCUAUGCCUUUGGUUCACUCAAGCAAGGAAAACAGUGAUGAUGAGGGCAACUCUCCUUUGCGCAAGUUAUCCCUAGAUGGUUGGGCGACCUCACGGGUCAGAAAUUCCAAUAAGGAAAAGGAGAAAAAGUGUCACGAAGGGGUUACCAACAGAAUGACUCGGAUUAUUAGCCGGAUAGAGGAAUCUGUCCAGGAGAAGAAGACCCAGAAAGGAGGUAAAUAUAAUAGGGGGAGAGACAUGCAAGGGAACAGUGGAGGAAGUGACUGCGAUGACAGUGAUGACGAGCAUGAUGAUGACAAACAGCAUGGUCGUCACGACGCAUGGGGGGCUGAAUCGGAGAAACGGACCGAUGCUGUUUCCCCACUCAGUAACAAUAGCGCUAACCCCGCGCUCCCAUCCAUUCAAGUGACUCUUACGGAUAAGCAAAAAAUUAGGGGAGACCCCACCCUCAAGUACCCACUUAAGAAGUACGGCUCGGAGAGUUACUCAAACGUAGUGGGAUACCAACCCAGGGGGGAGACACACAACGACAUGGAUGUUCCACUUGGUAAAAAAUCCCUUAGUAGCAGCCAUUUUUCUUAUCGAAAUAUGGACGAAGAAGUAGAUAGACAUAUGCAAAUAUAUGGUCGUUUGGACAGACCGAACCACCCAAAUAAAAGGGGGAGUGCACCCGAAGGGAAGCGUGAAGAAAGGAACGAUUCCCACAGUAAUCAGACCCACCGACAUGCCUAUCGAGUCGGCAUUAACAGUGUGAAAAUGGCGGAGAAGAACGUUGAGGAUGGCGGCAUGAGUGAUGAUUUGCCUAGUCGCCCGAAACCGAACUCCACUGAACCCAUAAAAGAUACAACCACGGAGAAAUACAAACUGAAUUCCCCCACGAAUAUCAGUAGGGUAUCACCAAAUAGGAUACACAGGGAAAUGGAGGAACACAGACCCUUCGUGGACGACACGCACUUUCAAAUGAACCCCAUUAAGAUCAACGAUGCCAAACUGGAGAAAUGCUUCCAUGCCAUUAAUGACCUAUGUAACGUGGAGGAUGGGAAGAGGAAGAACAGAUCUGGUGGCGACAGGAACAUUUCUCUAUGCAGUGAGUAUCUGGAUCGGCCCUCUGGGAUCAGGGACUGUGAAGAAAGGAGAAGGUGGAGUGAAUCACCUGUACGAAAAGACCAUCCAAGUUGGAGACACAUCGGUCGUGGGGACGCACCUGUACAGAAUGUAUGCAAAUCGAGUGAUGUCAAUUUGUAUGAGAAUAACUUUCAGUGUCUGUCGCAGAUCUCGCCAGAUGAGCAUCCCUCCCCAGAUGUUUACCAAUUUUUUUACAAGGAAAAUGAGCUCUGGGACAAGACAAGGGGGCAACGCGCCCACACAAAGGAGCCAAGCAACCACACAAAGGAACCAAGUCACCACACAAAGGAGCCAAGCGACCACUCAAAGGAACCAAGUCGCCAUCCAAAGGAACCAAGUGAUCACCCACUUAAACGCCAAGACGAGGGGAAGGGGGAUGCCUCCUCCACGCGCGCUGCUGAUGGCCCUGUUCCUGGGGCUGUGCCCCCCGUUGGCGGUGAAGAGGCCCCUGGCGGCGCGGGCGGCAAAGUGAAGAGGCGAAUAAUUGACUGCAAAAAUGAGAGGCUCAAAUGGGGAACCACCCAAGUGAUAAUUGAUAUAGACGACACUAUUCGGUCUAGCGGUGGUUACAAGUUUUUUAACUACGCCUUGGGAGGAGUGGAUGCGCAGUACCAGAGAGGAGAAACUUACCCAGGGUCCUUUCAGUUCAUUUUCGAGCUAGCCAUGAAUAAGCUCUCAUCAGAAGCGAAACCCUUGUUGUUGUCCGUACUUACAGCGAGAAUUCCACAAGUGCCCAUAACAGAGGAUUCUUUUUUAAACAAGAAAUUUAAUGAGGUGGCAGAGAGGAGAGGAAUCAAAAGCUGGGGUAUCGAUUGUGAAAACAAAAUCCUCUACUCGACUUUGAAGGAGUGGGUGUGGAAUGAAACAAGAGGAGAAAAGAAGUUUGUAAACUUUAAACACCUCCACAAGUAUGUACUCCAACAAAACUCACUUGUGAGAUACAUAUGGAUUGGAGACACUGGGGAUAUGGACAAACAGGCUGGAGAAAUGAUGAUUAGGACAUACCCACAAAGGAUGAAAGCUGUAUUUUUGCACCACGUAAAAGGUAAAGAUGAUAACACAUUACUUCCAAGUGAUUAUUUUAUUAAGUCCGUGCCAAUUUUUUUCUUUCGCACAUACAUUGGUGCUGCUACCAAAGCACAUGCUUACAAUUUGAUUGAUAAGAAGGGACUGACGAGGGUACUCGUGCAGGCUGUGCUUGAUUUGGAGAAGAGCAAAGCGCCUGCGAGUUCCUCUAAAUGGGAAGACCUCAUUAAGGAUAUCAUAUUGAGUGAUGCCAUGGAUGAACUGGACAAGUACAACGCAGAAACCGUUAACCGCACAAAGAAAAUCAUCGCACAACGCAUGCGCGAGAUUUCGGAGAGGAAGCUGCACUUUAUUAGCUAG